AUGUCGGAUAAAUCAGCAAGCCAAGGCCAUUGGGAAGCUCAUUCACAUGCAGCAAAAUCAACCAAAAUUGGUGAUAAUCCAGCAACAGUUACCGGCAAAGAAGCAUCAGCUGAAGGAACUUUUGAUGAUGUUGUUGAAGUUGAUUCUGUUGUUGAUUUUGUUGCUAAUGUCGUCAAUAUUGGUGUCGUCGGAGUUGAUGCUGUUGCUGAUGUUGUCGAAGUUGAUUCUGUUGUUCAUGUUGACAAUGUUGUCUCUGUUGCUGAUAUCGUGAGAGUUGAUUCUGUUGCUGAUGUCGUAGACGUUGAUUCUGUUAUUGAUGUCGACGAUGUUGAUUCUGUUGUCGAUGUCGUCGAUAUUGAUUCUGUUAUUGAUUCAGUUAUUGACCCUAUUCUUGACGCCAUCAAUGAUUAUGUCGUGAAUUCUGAUUCUGUUAUUGGUGCUAUUGCUGAUAUCGUCAGUGUUGCUUGUGUUGUUGAUGUCGAUGGCUUCAAUGAUGUUCUCGUGACGACUUCUGAUGGCACGGUGUUUGAAUUAACUGAAACUAAUUCGUUUAAUAGCAAUGGAACGAUGGGAUCACAACAUCUCUGGCCAGUAAUCACAACUUUUGUAACAGCAACACCUACUGCAAUGACUGCAGCAAUCGUUGAAAUUACAGCAGCUAAUGAAGCAGUAUUGAAAUCAAUACGUAUCAAAAUUGCUGGAGCAUGA